UUCCUCACUCACUCACUCACUCACUCACUCACUCACACAGCAGCAGGGCAAAACAGUUAGGAAUCUUUUGAAGAGAGAAGAGAGAAAGGGUCAAUAUUUGAUCUACAGGAGCACCACAGUCAAGUUUACAAAACUCUGCUGGAGACAGACUCCAUUGGAACUUUAUCAGAGUUUUUGAGAGGGCAGGUGGAUAUUAGUUUCAGUAUAAAACAAGAAGUGGCACUGCUUUUUCUUUGAAAAGAAUUCCAAGCAUUGUACAGGACUUUGGAGUGCAAAGUUUUGAAGCUGAACGCUAGAAGGAGGGAGAUGGAGAGAUGGGACUUGUGUCUAUCUGUGGGGAUGGUCCUCCUGAUGCUGCUCUGGACAACCAGUGAAGCAAGAGUGAAUCACUGUCUGGCUGCACAAGCCUCCACCUGCACAGACUGUAUCCAAGCCGGUAAAGACUGCUCCUUCUGCACAGAUGAGGAUUUCAAGCUACCACGUUGUGAUCUCCUCAACAACCUGAAAAGCCAUCAAUGUAUGAACAGAGUGGAGCUAUUCAGUGAGAUGAGUUUCCAGAAGAACAUGUCUAUUGACACGUCUCUGAAGAAGACACAGGUGUCUCCCCAGCGGAUGACAAUGCGUCUGCGUGCGGGCGAGGAGAAAGUGGUCCAGAUGCAAGUCUUUGAGCCCACUGAGACCCCCGUCGACCUCUACAUACUUAUGGACUUUUCAAACUCCAUGUCCGACGAUCUCGCCAACCUCAAGAAGAUGGGAGAUGAACUGGCUAAAGUGGUGAGCACUCAGCUGUCUAGCGACUACACCAUUGGCUUUGGGAAAUUUGUUGAUAAAGUGACUGCGCCGCAGACAGACAUGAGACCCUCUAAGUUGAAACAGCCGUGGCCGGACAGUGACCCGCCCUUCUCCUUUAAGAACGUGAUUCCUCUGACAAAUGAUGCCUCCAAGUUCCGAACCGAGCUGGACAAGGAGCGUAUCUCAGGAAACCUGGAUGCUCCUGAGGGAGGGUUUGACGCCAUUCUCCAGACAGCUGUCUGUAAGAACCAGAUCGGCUGGCGAGACCAGAGCACGCACCUUCUGGUGUUCUCCACGGAGUCUGCCUUCCACUACGAGAGCGACGGUGCCAACGUGCUGGCGGGGAUCCUGAAGCGCAACGACGAGCAGUGCCACCUGAGCCAGGAUGGCACCUACACACAUGACACGGUGCAGGACUACCCCUCGGUGCCUACACUGGUGCGCCUACUGCAGGAUAACAACAUCAUCCCCAUCUUCGCCGUCACCAACCACUCGUACUCCUACUAUGAGAAACUGAGUCACUACUUCCCUGUGUCGGACAUAGGGCAGCUCUCAGAGGACUCUUCCAACAUCAUUGACCUGCUGCGCAGAGCCUUCAAUAAUAUCCGCUCAAAAAUCAGCAUCCGCUCCGACAAUGUUCCCAAGGCGUUCCACACAGAGAUUUUGUCUUCUCAGGCCUCUGAGGUGACACAUCCUGGGAGUUUCAAACUGACCCCUGGAGAGAAGGGCACAUUCAUGGUGAAAGUGAAGGCUCUGGAGGAGGUAGGAGGGGAACACAUCUGCAAGCUCUCUGAGGAGGACAAGAAAGGAAACAUCCGCAUCAAACCCACGUCCUUCACUGAUGCGCUCACCAUCGACGCCGCUAUCAUCUGCACUGCUUGUGACUGUGAGACGAACCCUGUUCGGAAAUCUCUGAAAUGUGGAGGGAACGGAGAUUUGGUGUGUGGCCAAUGCAGGUGCAAUGAUGGAUGGAGAGGACCUUACUGUAACUGCUCAGUGGAUGCGAAGGACGAUGGCAGGGCCUGUAUUGGCCAGAAUGGUAGCAAGCCUUGCAAUGGAAGAGGAGAGUGUCUGUGUGGCACCUGCCAGUGCUACCUGUCACAGAACCCGCUGGAGCGCUACGAGGGCCAAUUCUGCGAAUUCGACAACUUCCAGUGCCAGCGUUUCGGAGGAUUCCUCUGCAACGCUCGUGGCCGCUGUUUCUUGGGGGAGUGCGCCUGUGAGGAUGGAUGGCAAGGCUCAGCCUGUGAAUGCCCCUCAAGUAACGCCACCUGUAUUGACAGCAACGGGGGGAUCUGUAAUGGUCGUGGGAAGUGUAAUUGCGGCCGGUGCAUGUGUGAUGAGAAUCAGCCGUACGCUGGCAGCACCUGUGAGACCACCUCCCUGAGCUUACUGGGCAUGUGCGAGGACACGCGGACCUGCGUCCAGUGCCAGGCCUGGCAGACCGGCGAGAAAAAGGGAGACAAGUGCAAGGAAUGCCCCUUCAGAAUCAAGAUGGUGGACGAGCUGAAGAAGGAGGAGGAGGUGAUUCAGAAAUGCAGUUUCAGAGACGAGGAGGAUGAUUGCACCUAUCACUACACUGUGGACUCGAACCCUAACUCUGAUUCCAAGGAGACCCAAGUGAUUGAGGUGUAUAAGAAGAAAGACUGCCCUCCGGCCGGGUUCCUCUGGCUCAUUCCCCUCAUCAUAUUCCUAAUGCUGCUGGCGGGGCUGCUGCUGCUGUGCUGCUGGAAAUAUUGUGCCUGCUGCAAGGCUUGCCUGGCCAUGUUGCCGUGUUGCGCACGAGGUCGGAUGGUGGGAUUCAAGGAGGAUAACUACAUGCUGCGGCAAAGCCUGCUCACCUCGGAUCACCUGGACACACCCAUGGUGCGCACCGGGCCCCCCAAAGGGACGGACGUGGUGAGCUGGAAGAUCAAAGACAACGUGCACAGACAGGCUGCCUCAUACAACCAGGCCCCCAACCCCAAGGACAUAGUCCCCUAUGGCGUGUCCCUCCGCUUGGCCCGGCUCUUCACAGAGAACCUGUCCAGGCCAAACACCCGGGAGAGCGACCAUCUGCGACGGGAAGUCGAGGAGAACCUCAAUGAAAUUUACAAGCAGGUUCCUGGAGCUCAGAAGGUUCAGAGAACACAGUUCAGGCUGCAGCCUAAUUCAGGAAAAAGGCAGGACCAUGCCAUCGUGGACACUGUGCUAGAGGCUCCUCACUCCGCACAGCCAGACAUCGUGAAAGUGACAGAGAAGCACGUCCAGAUGGGCAACUUCAACAAUCUGAAGGUCAUCCCAGGAUAUUACACUGUGGCUUCUGACAGAGAUGCGCAGGGAUUGGUGGAGUUCCAGGAAGGAGUGGAGUCUCUGGAUGUGCGUGUGCCGCUCUUCAUCAAGGAUGAAGAUGAUGAUAAAAAGCAGCUGAAAGUGGAGGCGAUGGAUGUGCCGCAGGGCAUUGCAGAGAUUGGACGCAGGUUGGUCAACAUCACUGUCAUCAAGGACCGUGGAGCAAACUUACAGUCCACAGCUAGAAGCACCCUGUCCUUCAAGCAGCCCUCCUACACGUACAGCCGCCAGGAGGAGGUUGCCACCAUCCCUGUGACGAGAGAGGGGGAUGACGGGCGCACCCAGGUCACCUACCGCACCCGGGACCUCACUGCCAAAGACGAGAAGGACUAUGUGUCAACGGAGGGUGAGCUGACCUUCCUUCCCGGCGAGACCCAGAAGAACAUCUCAGUGAAACUGCUGGAACUCUCAGAGAUGGACUCUCUCCUCGGGGACAAGCAGAUCAAGCAGUUUGUCAUGGACCUUACCAACCCCAAAUAUGGUGCCAAGCUUGGGAAGUACCCACGAACCACUGUCACCAUAGCAGACAACCCCGAGCCUGGAAUGGUGAUGUUUAAGAAGAGCUCCCAGACCUACACUACUCAUGAUCAGCUCUAUACAGUCCCUGUGGUUCGAACCCGCAACCUGGAGAGCCCCGCGACCAUCCAUUGGCGAACACGCAACGCGUCCCGCUUCGAGCUGUCCAACCCACUAAAAUUCAGCCCUGGAGAGGCAGAGAAGAACAUCGUGAUUGACCCCCGUGUGCACCCUGGACCCAUCAAAGCAGAGAACUUCCAGCUGGAGCUGUUCGACCCCAGUGACAACACAGUGAUCGGAGAGAAGAAGAGCACUGUGGUCUCAAUCAUGCCAUCAGAAACCAUGGAAAUGCAAUCCAUGACCCAGAGUUCUGGCAUGCGCUCCCCAAGUGGCCGCUUGGCUCCUCCUCUCAAUGUAACUGCCCAGGCAACUGGCCCCAAGAACAUACGCAUGCUGUGGAUUCCCCCCCCAGGCAAGCCCAGCGGCUACAAGGUGAAGUACUGGAUCCAGGGAGACUCAGAGUCUGAUGCCCAGGUCAUUGACUGCAAGGGCCCUCCAGUAGAGCUCAGUAACCUGUACCCGUACUGUGACUAUGAGAUGCGUACGUGUGCUUACAACUCCAUGGGCGAAGGGCACUACUCUGAUGUGGUACACUGCUGCACGCUGGAAGAUGUCCCCAGCGAACCAGGACGCCUGGCCUUCAAUGUCAUCAACUCCACAGUCACACAGCUAAGCUGGGCGGAGCCUGCAGAGACCAAUGGGGAUAUCAAAGCCUACGAGGUCACCUACACGCCCAUCACUGAGGACAAAAAGGCCAUGGGCCCCACCAAGACAGUACGGAUUGACAACCCCAAGAAGAGAGUGAUGCUGAUUGAAAACCUGGUGGAGUCCCAGACAUACCGCUACACUGUACGGGCACGCAACGGGGCAGGCUGGGGGCCUGCGAGAGACGCUACCAUCAACCUGGCUACUCAGCCCAAGAGGCCCAUGUCAAUCCCUAUUAUCCCAGACAUCCCCAUUAUUGAUGCCGAGGCCGGGGAGAGCUAUGACAGCUUCUUGAUGUACAGCGCUGACGUCAUGCUGUCUCCAAUGGGCAGUAAGCUCCCCAGUGUAUCCGACAAAGAUCAGUUCACGAAUGACAAGUGGGAUCAAAGCUACCUCUACCAGGGAGGAGGUGGCUCCCUCUCUCGGACAACAACCACAAGCUACAACCAGUUGAGUCCCAACAGGCAGCUAAGUCCUAACAGCCAGAUGAGUUUGAACAGCCAGUUCGAGACCCGCACCAUUGGAGGAGGGGGGUCUACCAUGACCAAGGAGUACCACACAACUCUAAUGCCUGGACAAGAGGUCACAGGGAGGUCACACUCCCACAGAGAAGAGGAUACUGGGAGGAGUGAUUUCAAGACAGACGAAGUGGUUCUCAGGAAGCGCACGGAGAUGAAGGGUUACUAUGGAGACGAUGGCGUGCGGGAUUCUAUUGUCAUGGCCGAUGAACCGAGUGGUUUCUCUGAGAGUCUAGGAGUUUCUGGGUACAGCAAGAAGGUGGUAAACUAUAACAUCUCUCACAGCAUGAGGGACCAGACCCAGUCAGAGAACCUGGACAUGGUGCUGCAGGACCCUAGACUGCCCCCUGGUGUUCCGGACACGCCCACACGCCUGGUCUUCUCUGCACUGGGCCCCACCUCCCUGAAGGUGAGCUGGCAGGAGCCUUACUGUGAGAAGGAGGUUCAGGGAUACUGCAUCCUCUACCAGCUCCUCAACGGAGGUGACGUGAAGCGAAUCAACAUCCCAAACCCUGCUGAGAACUCAGUGGUGGUGAAGGAGCUGCUGCCAAACCACUCGUACAUUUUCAAGGUGAAGGCCCACAGUGAGGAGGGCUGGGGCCCAGAGCGAGAGGGGGUUAUCACCAUCGAGUCACUGGUGGACCCCAAGAGCCCCCUGAGCCCUGUGCCAGGCUCUCCCUUCACUCUGAGCACUCCGAGUGCCCCUGGACCGCUGGUCUUCACUGCCCUGAGUCCCGAAGAGCUGCAACUGAGCUGGAACAAGCCACGCAAACCCAACGGAGACAUCCUGGGCUACAUGGUGACCUGUGAGCAGCUCCACGGCGGAGGAGAGGUGCGCUCCUUCCAGGUGAAUGGGGACAGCUCUGAGACCACCCUGACCGUCCCUAACCUGAAUGAAAAUGUGCCCUACAAGUUCAAAGUUCAGGCCAAGACCACCCAGGGCUUUGGGCCUGAGAGGGAGGGCAUCAUCACCAUUGAGUCACAGGACGGAGCAAACUUCUCCCAGUUUGGUAACCAGCAGAUGAUGAGAAGGGAAGUAUACAACCUUCCUGGGGAGCUCACCACAAAGACUACCCACACAACAUUCAAUGACCCCUAUUUUUCAGAUGGAGGUAUGAUCACCACACAACACAUGUCUGGGGGAACUGUCACCCGGCAAGUCACCAAAGAAAUCGUCAGCAGCAUGACCAUGAUGUCUGGAGGCACCGUCACCAAAAAGAUAGAGAAGUUCUACGAGGCUUGAGGCUCCUUCAGCUUUAUGGAACCUUCUCGAUUAGAGAUAUCUGUUUGUUUUUAUUACUUUGUUGCUGAUGCCAAUUACAGACGUAUCAAAGUUGAUAAUAAUAAUCUGUUAUAUAAUGUAGUUUUCAGCAUUGCUCAGCAAUGUGAAUUUUUUAAAAUCCUGUUUAACUGCCUUUUGAAAAUCUAGUGGAUUAUCUCAUCACAAACUGCACUAAGAGGUAAACCAAAGGACAUUACAAACAUGGUUUUCAGGACAGGUGUUUCCUUCUUUGAUCCAAGAAAUGCAUUGCAAUGAUGCAAGGUUUGUGAAUGUUACUCAGUGUUGCCCUUUUUUGCAUUUGUAGUCUCUUUAGCACAUUAACCUUUUCAUGAACCAAUUAAUGUAUGUAUCCUUUAACUUUUGAAAACAUAUUUGGUACUUUAAUCAUUAAAAAAAACAACACUGAUGUGCAAACCAGUCAUUUUAAAUAUUCAAUUUGCUUUGCACUAAUGUGCACUAGUUUGAAAAGCAUUUAAAAAACAGGUUGAGAAGAAACUAAAAAUUACAUAGGUUGAAGGUAAACCCAAUAGUUUUCAAAGACAUUGCCCAAUAGGUAGAACCCACAGCCAAUACAAAUGUGUAAAUGAUAAAUGUAUAUUGCUGCCUUUAAUGUAUUUUUGUAGCCUAAAACAUGAAAGUUAUUAUCAGAUUAUCAAUUAUAUUAACUGCUGUAGUACAUCAUAUUUACUGUGACUGGGCUUGGCAGAUCCUGUAAGAUCACUUUAUAUAAAGAGGCUAUUAAAAAAAAAAAAAUACAAUAAAAUAAGAAAUGUAUAUAAUUAUUUUUAAUAUAACAAGAAAUCCAAAUGGUCUUCAUUAAAGAAAAUGAAAUCUCAAAACUAAACAAAAUUCUAUCUUUGGAAGACAAAACAUUCUAUGUACCAAAUAUGCCUAUUUUAGAUCAUAUUGAAUUAACACAUUUAAUAGGUGAUUUUAAAUAUUCAUACUAGUGAAAGGUCAUGGAUGGGGAGGUAUUUUCAAAAGCCCAUCCUAAUUUUAUGCAAUUAAAAAAAAAAAGAAAAAGAAAUAUAUAUAUAUAUAUAUAUAUAUAUAUAUAUAUAUAUAUAUAUAUAUAUAUAUAUAUAUAUAUUUCAAAGCAAUUCCCCGAAACGACCAUUUAAAAAGCCAAAUGUUCUGUUUUUUAGACAGUAGACAUGUGGUGGUGUUACAGCUUUUUGAGAAUACCCCAGGUGUAUAUACAGUACAAGUCUUAUAGAAUGAUGUACAGAAAGAUUUCAAGGCCGAAUACUCUUUUGUAAUAGAUUUCUGCUUUGGACGAUUGCAUCUGUGGGUUAUUUGGGGACUGAACAGAAUGGCAAAUAGCACGAGAGGUAACUUAUUUUUUAAAGUCAAUAUUUUGGACUAAUACUAAUAAUGUUUUAUAUUAUGUAAUGUUUCGGUGCAGUAGUUUAUAACUCUACCACAAAGCGUCUGAUAAUAUGAUGAGUCUGUGUGCACUUUGGUGUUACUGCAUGAAGUACCUCUGAGAGGUCCAUACGGGUACAUGGGAAGUCGUCUUGAGGAAGGGAAUGCAAUUUAAAAGUUUAAAAAAGUGGUCAAUAUAAAAAAAUAAAAAUAAAAUAACACACACCUUACGUAAACAGUUGCAGCAACACAUGGGAACAUGUAACACAAUAAAAUAAAAAGGUCCUUAUGUACCCUUAAACCUGGUUAAAUGUUUCAGACCUAAGAUUGUGUGUAUUUUGGGAAGUUUUUAACAAAUGUGUAAAAUCUUCCAGGACUGUCUUCAUAACUAUUGUUUUUACUAAAAUAUAUUUUCUCUUCAUAUCCACUGGUUUUAUACACAAUGUUUUCUACGAGCAUGUUCUACAUGUAUUGCACUUAAUAAACAUUUACUGUAUUUA